AUGAAGUCAUUGAUUUGGGCACUACCCUUUAUUCCGCUGGCGUAUGCUAAUGGCAAUUCCUCGUCAUGUCGCUGCCAACCGCACCAGAGCUGCUGGCCCUCUGAACAAGAAUGGCACUCUCUCAACAGUUCCAUCAAUGGAAACCUGGUGGCCGUACGACCUAUUGCAGCCGUCUGUCAUGAAGGUGACCGGAAUAGUUCAGCCUGUAAAGAAGUCACCGCGUCCUGGACAAACUCGACCUGGCGAGCGGCUCAGCCCGGUGCCGUACAAUGGGAAAACUGGGAGUCCUGGCCGGAGCAUAAUCAGACAUGCUACAUCGAAAGUCCACGAAACAUACCAUGUGGGCAGGGCCAGAUCUCCCUCUAUUCAACACUCGCCAAAUCAGCAUUUGAUAUCCAGGAGACGGUGAAGUUCGCAAAGCAACACAACCUUCGUCUCGUGGUCAAGAACUCAGGGCAUGAUUUCCUGGGUCGUGCUUCGGCUCCAGAGUCACUGCAGAUCCUUACCAACGGGAUGAGGGAUAUCAAGAUUGUGGAUAAAUUUACUCCUGCAGGUGCCCCGCAGGGUAAAGGCGAAGGUCCAGCAGUUACGAUAGCCGCCGGUGUCAGUCUGCAGGAGUUGUACACUGCUGUCGCCGCGAAGAAUAGAACAGUUGUUGCCGGGUCUUCUCACACAGUUGGUGCUGCAGGGGGUUAUAUUCAAGGUGGUGGACAUUCUGCCCUGGGACCAUGGAAGGGGAUGGCUUCGGAUAAUGCCCUUGAGUUUACCAUCGUGACGGCCAAUGGAGAACUAGUCGUAGCAAAUGAAUACCAGAACGAAGACCUAUUCUGGGCUCUCCGAGGCGGAGGCGGAGGUACCUUUGGGGUCGUCGUGAGCGUCACAGUCCGCACAUUCGAUGACGCACCCCUCAUCCUAGCCAACCUCAAUAUCACAACUUCAGCGGGGAAUCCUCAAUACUGGGAUGCUGUGACGGCGUUUCACGCAUCUCUUCCAAAGAUAAACGACGCCAAAGGUGCUGGAUAUUACUGGAUUGCUCCAGAUACUAAAUUAACAGAGAAUACCAGCGUCUCGACAUUAACCCAAGUUUUCAUCUUCCCCAAUCGGACAGACACGGCGCAGAUUGAUCAUCUGUAUGCCCCGCUUAUAUCGAAACUGAACAGUACCACGGGUGUACAUACGCAGUACGCCUCCUACCCAAUCCCGAACGUCGGCUUCUUCUUUUCCAACAUCGUCCUCACCGGCAACUCCGACCAAGCAGGUGGCGUGAGCUUAUUAGGCUCAAGGCUCUUCUCCAGAGACCUCUUAUCAUCCAACAAUGGCUCCAGAACGUUAACCUCCGCGCUGCGCUCCAUCCGCGUCGACCCUGGCUCAGCCAUCAUCGGCCACCUCGUAGCUGGUGGCGCUGUAGCAAAUAAUGCAGGAAAGGUAGACAGUGCGCUCAACCCUGCAUGGAGGAAAGCGAUCACCCAUAUCGUUAUCCCCAGCGGCUGGAAGCCGAAUGCCACUUUGGCUGAGCAGGAGGCCGUGAAAAAGAACCUUACUGAUGUGGAGGUACCAAUCCUGAGAUCUGUCGAGGGGCCCGAUAAGAUGGGCGCUUAUAUGAAUGAGGCGAAUGCUUAUGAGUCGGAGUUUCAGAGUUCGUUCUGGGGAGAAAACUAUCAACGCCUGUUGAAGAUCAAGAAGAAAUGGGAUCCUGAGAGUCUGUUUGUUGUGAGGAGAGGAGUUGGGAGUGAGGAGUGGGAUGAAUGGGGGCUUUGUCGGGUUGGGAAGUAG